UCCUAUCGAUCUUGAUGUGGUACUAGACGCAUUUCUGGAUUUUGCGUCACAGUUCAAGGAAACUACUGAAUCGGCUUCAGUCAGACAGGCCAUAGAUGCAUUUUCAGACAAGUUUGAGGAUCAGCUUGUUGAGCUGAUAACCAGCACAAAGGAGUUGAACAGCCUGAAAAAGCAAAACAUUAAGGUCAAUCGUGCCAUCAAUCGCAAGAGAACCAGAUUGGUUGAGGUCAAAAGUGAAAUGAUACAAAAGGAGACACAGCUGAGGAAGCUGCAGAGGGAGCAUGACCAGCUGGAGGAGAGGCUCAGUGACCUCAGGAGGGGGACUGCUUUCCUGUCGGACCUGAGGGACCUGCACAAGAACUACCUGACGCACCGGGAGAGGCACCCCAACGAGGUGGAAGUGUACGGGCCCUCCAGCCUGCCUGCCCUGCUUCUGGAGGCCCGCUCUGUCCUCGGAGCCGAGCACCAGCUGAAGAACGUCAACGACAAACUGCAGCAGGUCUUGGACCAGGAAAAUCACAAGGAAACUUAAGC